AUGGAGCGAGGGGAGGCGAGUUACGGCAGGGAUAGCACUUACAGACCCGUAACCCCGCCUUCACCCGCACCUCACGAAACUCGUACCAGCUCAGGUGAGUCUGUACCCGGGCGGGUCAUGGGUGCAGGUCGAGCUCAGGCAUGGUUCGUCCAACUCUCACUGCACUCGUCUGCCAACGUCGGCAUCGAGAACAACGAUGUGACCCUCUUCUUUAGGUUAUCGGGCACGGGCAAGACGACGCUCUCCGCCGACCCGCGCCGGAAGCUGACUGGCCAUGACGAGCACUUCUAG